AUGGGUAUCAAAAUUUUGCAGCGCCACUCCGUCUCACCGUCUGAGGGCGGCGCCGCCGAGCAUUCCCUCCCGCUUCUAUAUUUCGACAUGGUAUGGCUUCAGACACCUCCAACCGAGACUCUCUACUUCUACGUUCUCAAAUGCUCCGAAUCUCAUUUCUUGGACACGAUUGUCCUAAAACUCAAACACUCCCUCUCCAUCGCUCUCAAACAUUACCUUCCACUCGCAUCCAACAUCAUCUUCCCUCUCACCUCCGCCGCCAUGCCCCUUUCCCGAUACACCGUCGGAGACUCCGUCGCCCUCACAAUCGCCGCCUCCGACGCUGACUUCGCUAACCUCACGUCCAAUGCUUCCAAGGCUGCCGACCAGUUCCAUCAAUUCGUCCCGCAAUUGCGCCCGGCCGUUUACUCCUCCGACGACAUCAAGUUCGGCGCCAUCGCUAUUCAGGUAACCUUGUUUCCGAAUAAGGGAAUGUGCAUCGGCCUCACACACCACCACGCCAUAUGCGAUGCCACUGCUCUCUUCGCCUUCCUGCGCACAUGGGCGUCCAUCCACAAAUCCGACGGCGGCCAGCUCCAAAUUUUGCCGCCUUUCUACGGCCGAGAUUCCGUUCAAGAUGCAGAUGAACUGACCAUAUUCUCUUGGAACAUCAUCAAGAUGAACAGACCAGUUCUUUCGCCAACACUUUCUCUGGCUUUACAUAAAGUCCGAGCAACGUUCAUCAUAAGUGAUGUCCAAAUCGAGAAGCUCAAGAGCUCGGCCAUAGCCCGUCCGUCGACUUUUGUGGCGAUGUGCGCCCAUCUCUGGAGCUGCCUAGCCCAGUCCGCCGCCGCUGCCGGGGAGGCGGUGGACGACGACGAGCCCGAGUACUUCGGAUCUCCGAUUGAUUGCCGGCGGCGGCUUAAUCCGCCCCUUCCCGAAAACUACUUGGGCAACUGUUUGAUAUUUUUCAUGGCGAAUUCAACUCAUGGAAGGGUGAAAGGGGAUGAGGGUUUUGCGGUGGCUUUGGAGGCGAUCGCGGCGGCGAUUCGUGAGACGGUCGGAAACGAGAGAGGGAUCUUGGAUGGGUUCGAGAAUCAUCUGAAAGAUCUUUCGGAGUAUGAGGGGAAGCGUGUGGUUGUGAUAGCGGGAUCAUCAAGACUAGAUUCAUGUGGUGCAGAUUAUGGAUGGGGAAGGGCGAUCAAGUAUGAAUGUGUUCAUACCGAUUAUGAUGGAGCAGUUAAUCUUACUAAGGGAAGAGACGGAGGAGUUGAGAUCGGCAUGUCCAUGACACCGCUUAAAAUGGAUGCUUUUGCAGCUGCCUUCCACCAAAAAUCAUACAUCAAUAGCAACUUGUAA